AUGACAACAUUUAGCCAGGGAUUCAGCAGUUUCAUAGAUAAUUAUAUUUUGCUGCUUGCCGCACGCUUUAAUGCGCCGCUGGACGCGGCAUCGAUUUCUGGGUGCGAACAUGACGAGUCAUGGGAAAAGGUGUCACACUGCGUCAGGGACGUGCUUCUUCACCCAAAAACAGAGGCCGAAAAACGGGAGGUGGCGCACCUGGAUGCGAGCCUGUUUGAUGCACAAGCAUGCCGGGGGCACGCGUUGUACUUUCAGUGGCGUUUGCAAGAAGAAGCUGCUACCGCCGCAACCACCAUUAGGGGUUCUGCACCUCCAAGUGAGCGACUUCAAUCUACCAAAAAGAUCGCGAGGGGGCAUAGCAGCCAUGCCGUUGCUCCGUCUUCCUUUGACAUCACUAAAGACUCCCUAAGGGAUGAGGUGGAGAGGAUUUACACCACUGUCCGCAUGAAUCUGCCCAGUACACUUAACCUUCCUUUACCUUCAAAUGAGGCAGCAACCAACUGCUGCGAUGAUGAUGAUGGUGAUGUGAGGCUGGCUGAUGACGGCGAAGGUGAUGAGGAAGAAGGCAAUGACGAGGUUUUGGCCGCGGUGGAUUUUGCUCUUCGUACGAAGGAGGAGGUAGACAGGGAUCUUACCAUUGCAGAGGCACGUGACGUACUCUUAACAAAAGUACAACAGAUGCAGGCAGAGUUUUUUGCGCAGCACCGACGAUGGGUAGAUGUCCCUCUUGAUAUGGUUUUGGCGCCUGUACCCAAAAAAGUUGUUGAUCGCAGCAUGUCAGAGUUAACUACAGAUGCCAAAGCGGUGGAUAGUCAAUCAUUAUCCAAGUCGGCGUUACGGGAAGCGCAUAUGGCAACAAACUUCAGUGCAGCCUUACAGAAAAGGAUGACGAGUUCAGCAGCAACAGAAAAUGCGGCUGGAAGUUCUGUGGGCCCGGGGGUGGAUUCACCGACGCUUCUCCUUGAGGCAUUGAGGCGCAGCGUUCAUGUCAACCGCCCACCGCGUCCUUCCCAAAUGCGAGAGGAGGACUACGAAGCAGACUACAGAGAUGUUGUGGAUGCAAUCUCCCCUAGUAAGGAUAUUAGUAUGGAAGCGAGAUAUGACAUAUACCAAAAGACGAAUUUGAUAGGUGGUUCCCGAAUGCCGCAGGAGAAUUCUCGCCUAAUUGAUGAUGCUACGAGGAGCACAACAGUCUCAAUCUCGCGGGCGAAUCGAUGGAAAGUUUUAGAGUACGACGUGGAAGCGGAUGAAGCCAGUGACAACACAACUUAA